CUUUAAAUCACUGCAUUGGCAACGGAGAACAAUAUUCCUCCAGUUGACUAAACAAUCACAUAUCCUAAACUUGUGCAAUCUUGCAACUACGGACGGUCCUAUCCUCAGACAAAAAUGAUUGCACCUCAACUGACCAAGAAUGAUUCGUCGGUGUUAGGAGCGUUGUUCGACCCUGAAUCCUCCUUGUCAAGUACCAUUCAGAUCGACAAGAGUCUCCCUGGGGACUCCAACUCUUCGUCGAUACGAAGAAUCCAGGAACGAGAACGGCGUGUACUACGACUGGUCGACCAGGAGAAGCCAUCUAUAUCCAACAUUCAAUAUGCCCUUUCCGAACUGACGGCUAUAAUUGAAGAUGAACCAUCCUAUGCCUCGGCUUUCAACAACAGAGCUCAAGUUCGACGACUGUUGAUCAAGGAUGCAGAUUUGCCGGGCAGCCCAGGCCUUGUGGCGGAGAUAUUCCAGGAUCUUGCUCGUGCCAUCUCACUGGCGACACCAAAUACAAUACGCGAUACCGUCAGUCGGAUGGAUGCGAAAGUGCUCGCAUCAGCUCAUACACACAGGGGCUACCUUCUCCUGAUGGCCAGUAAAUCCGAGAGGAACCGUGGAAUGUUGGACGCCGUUCCCAGUCUCAAAGACGAGACAAGGGACUCUCUGGAGGAAGCAGCGAGUCGGGAACUAGGUAUCGGCGGGCGAUACGGGAAUGAGACUGCUCGACAACUCGCAGUGAAGACGAACCCAUACGCGAAGCUAUGCGGUUCGAUCGUGAGGGAGGCGCUGACGAAGGAGAUUUCGGAUUAUUACAACCCACAGAUAUCCGUUGCACGAUGAAACGAUUAUCCCUUUUCAAUGAGAAUAGUACCGUCCCUUUCCACUUGCAAGGCACAAUGUCUAUUUUGCUUUCUCUGUAGAUACAUGACACAUAAG